UAAUGUUUCUUUCAGUCUCUACACAGUUGGGGAAGACGUGACUUACCAUUUUUAAGUUUCGAUCAGCGUUUGAUGUAUUCACUUCUGGUAGAUCGAGAGAAUAGUCGGGAAUAGUUGUGCAUCUUGUCCUGUUACUACAAGUACGAUUAAAGCGGGAAGAAUGGGAUUUCUCAGCCAGGAUCAAGUGGAACAAUUUCACAACGAUGGAUACCUUGUGGUCAAGAAUUUCCUGGGAGACGAAGAUGUGGCUUCUUUAAAGAAGGCCAUAACAAAAAUUAUAGAUGAUUUUCAACCAGAUCAGCACAGAAGUGUCUUUACUACCACCGACACCCCUAAGCAGGCUCGUGAUACUUACUUUAUGGAGAGCGGUGACAAGAUUCGCUACUUUUUUGAAGAGGGGGCAUUAAACGAAAAGGGGGAAUUGAUCGUCGACAAACAACGUUGUCUUAACAAAAUUGGUCACGCAUUGCAUUGGCUUGAUCCAGAUUUCAAACGGGUGAGUUUCAGUACUCAAGUGAAGAAUACACUAAGGGAUAUCGGAUUCAAAGAUCCUGCUAUCGCCCAGAGCAUGUACAUUUUUAAGCAACCUGGUAUUGGAGGAGAAGUUUCCCCGCAUCAAGAUUCUACCUUUCUUCAAACGGAACCCAUGAAGAUAGUCGGCAUGUGGUUCGCGUUGGAAGAUGUAACUUUAGAGAACGGCUGUCUGUGGUUUAUUCCUGGGUCACACAAAGAAGGGAUUAGUCGCCGUUUUAUUCGUAAUCCAGAUCAAAGCUCACCAAACUUGACUAUUUACACAAACCCCAAUCCAGACUAUGACGAAACAAAAUUUAUACCGGGACCUGUUCCAAAAGGCUCUAUGGUGCUCAUUCACGGGGAAAUUGUUCAUAAAAGCGAACGAAAUUUGUCAUCGAACUCUCGACAGAUUUACACGUUCCACGCAAUCGAGCGUGAAAAUACCGUCUAUUCCCCGGAUAACUGGCUUCAACCAACUGAUAAUCUUCCAUUUCCUGGAGUAUUUGAGAACUGAUUUAGAGUUUAUCUGGACCAUUUAUUGAAAUGCUCUCGUUAGUUUUCCGAGUUCAAUACACCAGGUUACUUAUGACAGA